AUGAGAUCAAUUUUUUUUUCAACAAAGCAGAGCUCAAUGUCACCACUAUGCACGAGUUAAAAGAGAAAAUAGAAGGUUUGCAUUACAGGGAGCAUAAACAUAUAGUCAUUCAAGGAAUUAUUACAGGUGUCAGAUAUAUUGACCACUCUUCUUUUGUUGGAGGUGUAAUGCACAAGAAAUACUCUCAGCCUGCAAACACUAAAAACACUGCCAAUGUGCGAACCAGUGAAUCGUCCACUAAAUAUAGAGAUAAUAUGGCUAAUAGCCAAGCAUCAGAACAGGAUUACUUCUAUAAUUUCCACGAGACAUCUCAAACUUUCAACCAAGUAUUAGACUCAGAGGAAGAAGUUAUAUCAUUUGGAAGAGAACAUUGCACUUUAAGUUCCACUUUGAAAAAUAAUGCUCCCGAUUCAAAUUUAUUGUCCAAUAGUGAAGAAACAGAGGAGGAAUAUUUUACUGCUGAUGAAGAUCACCCUGAAAUGGAUGAUGUUGCUAAACCCAAUCUCUUAGAUAACUCAUGGGAAAGUUCAAAGUGGCCUAAGAUUAAAGGACAUUUGAAAGAAUUUCUAUCAUUUGACCAACUACUUCCUGAAAGUUGUCCACAAAGGUUUGAGUAUGCAAAGAAGGAAGCAAUAAUGAGCCAGCAUAAUCUUCAUCCAUCAAGAUGUGACUCAUAUCUACUUGAUUCCAUCAGCAGUGUUGAGAAGCUCACAACGGCAUGGACACAUUGUUAUUAUACAUUGACCAUUAUUGAUCUAAAUCAGGAAAUUGCUAUGGAUGUUAUAUUUCUACCAUUGGGAAUUGACACGUGUUGCAAUAAUUCUGCAAGGAAUACCAAUUUUAUUUCCAUCCUUUCUGGUGAUUGUGCCUCAGAAGCUCCAACCUUAAAUGGAUCAGAAAUAGAAGGAAAGCACUUCCUGUGCAUUUUGGAUGUCUAUCAUCACGGGAACGAUCAAACAGAGGUUAUUUUAAGCAGAGCAUACAAAACAGAAUAGUUUAUUUGAAGCAAAAAAGGACAUUUCUCCAGCACUUGCCAAAUAUUUGCACAGCACAAUAUUUUUAAAGUAUGUGUUAAGGAUGACAAAAAAAAUGGAUGCUGUAAGUGAUGGAUUGAAACAAGUCUCUCCUUAUAAAUACUCACUUAAAAAAUUGAAAACUGUUAAUACAUAUUUCAAUAGAUGUGUUAAGUUUCGAAUUUGCCCUGAUAUCAUCAUCAAUAUAUUUUAACAGAUAAUUUAUAAAAUCAACAAAGAUAUUUUGCCAAAUUACCAACCUUUUAAAUAUAAUAACACUUGUUGACUCUGCUUCUAUUUCUCCCAAUGCAUGCUCACCCAAAGGGCCCUUCUUCUCACAUCUGAAAGCACAAUCUGAGACCACUGAUCCGUAUUACAAUUAAGCUAAAUCCUGUGCUUUUUCAAAAAUCUAAUUUCAGUAUUCCGAACAUAAAUCUGAGUUAAUAUUUAUUCUUUCUCCCUAGAUAUUGUGGCCAGUUGUAC